AUCUAACAAUAAUUGAACCAUUAUGUUUUCGGUUUUUCGGUUAAAUUGUGAACUUUUUCCAAAAUAUUGUGUUUUCUAAUGUUCAUGUUCGAUAUAUAAUCACUCGUCGUAACAGCAAACAAAAAAUUGGAACCCUUUUCGUAUUUUAUAAAUAGAAAAACAAAUUUUCAUAAAAUAAUGAACAGUGCUAUCGAUUUCGUAAAACAUUAAAAGAGUAUAAAAUAAUUAAAGCACGGCGCAGCUUGCUGCAUAGAUUAUAAUAGAUAUUAUUUAACAACACCUUGAAUAAUUUUAAGUGCGUAUUGAAUUAUAUUGAAUCUGAUUCUAAUCGGAUGAUAUGUGAGCUGACGAAUUUUAGAAACAAGCUACAACAAGAGCGCAUGGAAGGAAAUAAUCAUCGAUUUAGUUACGUUAUAAAUUGAAAUAAAAAAAUGGCAAAAUACUAUGAAACGACAACAGUAUUCAAUUUCAAAUGGGAUCAGGUGGCUCAAGGGUUUUGGCAUCGAUACCCCAAUCCUCAUAGCCAGCAUGUUUUGACAGAAGAUACACUGGAACGCCAUAUUCACGAUGGGAAAUUAUUUAGUAAACGAUUACUAUCAAAAACAAAUCACGUACCCAAAUGGGGUGAACGAUUCUAUAACGCCAAGUCAGUUAAAAUUGUGGAAGAAUCAAUUUUUGAUCCAAAUGAGAGAAUCUUCACCACAUACACUAGAAAUAUCGCAUUUACUAAAGUGAUGAGUGUGGUGGAAAAAGUGGUUUAUAGAUGUAGUGACUCUGAGCCGGGCAGAACAAUUGCUACUCGCUCAGCCUGGAUUGACUCACAGAUGUUCGGUUUUUCGAGAGCCAUCAAAACAUUUGGAUGCGAAAGAUUCAAAAAGAACUGCAUGAAAAUGGUCAAUGGAUUCAAUUUCGUUUUGCACUCUAUGUUUCCAACAUCAACAGCCGAAUUUAAUCCUAUAAUUGGAUCUAAUGCGCAACAUCAUUCACAUGUUGCUAAAGCAUUUACAUUGAAGGAAGUAGCUAAAAAGGGGUCAGAACAAGUCAAAGUUAAAGCUGAAAAUGCCAUUGGAAUAAACUCAAAUCAACAGUUAUUGAAUUAAUUUUUUCUAUAAAUCAUAAAUAAAUUUUCUUAAUAAAAUUGAUUCAAGAGAACACAGAAAAA